AUGCAUAACUUUGAAUUUGAUGAAAUCUAUGUGGGAAUCAUUGGUCUAAGAAGUUCAACAAUACAGUUGGGUUUAGCCAUAGAUCUCUUAUCUAGAGUACCUCUUUUGUGUGUUUCAAAGCUUAUGAGAUUACGCUAUGUACUUGCUGGAGAUCUUGCUUGUGUUCUUACCAUCCUUGGUUUGCUGGAUAUUGUGUUGACUUCUCUUCUGGGUAAGGAUGAGAAUAUGCAUCUAUGCAAGAUUGUGGCGAGGGAUUCGGGAAGGCAGAGCCUGCAGAAGGAUAGAUGGACUAUGGAUUGCAAGAAAGUGAUCUCUGAUCUAUGUGAUUAG